AUGUCAGAAGACUUUUACAAAAUUCCGGGUCUAUUGCCUAAGGAGAUUCAAUUCAGAGUGCUGAAGCAUAUAAAUGAUGUAAUAGCAUCAAUGGGUAAAAAUAUAAAUAGCUUUGGCUUGGUCCCAAGAAUUCUCAAAUUUCAUGGUUCAAAAAAUGAAACAAGAGAUACAGCAAGUGAAAUGCAUAUUAGAGUGACUGAUGAUGAAUUAGUAGCAAUUCAGUUACUAAAUUCUGAUCAAAAGAUUGCCUUUAAUGUUGUACUCGAAUCUGUUUAUGUACACAAACAGGGAUGUUUCUUUGUCGAUGGCCCUAGUGGUACUGGAAAACCUUUCCUAUAUAAAGCUCUUUUAGUUAAGAUCAGAUCAAAAGGUGAUAUCGCUCUUGCUACAGCAAGUUGUGGAGUAGCUGCAUCAAUACUCCCAAGCAGCAGAAUAGCACAUUCUCGAUUUAAGAUCCCAAUAGACAUUGAUGGAACAAACAUUUGUAGAAUUGGUAAGCAAACAGCUUUAGCAAAACUGCUCCAACAAGCAAAACUGAUUAUUUGGGACGAGGCAUCAAUGGCAAAUAGAAUCUGCAUUGAGGCGGUAAAUGAUCUGCUAAAGGAUCUGAUGGACUCUUAA